GGAGCCAUGUAAAUAAAAGUAUAGUGGGACGGAGAAGGGUGCAUUCUUUCUCAAGGACACAGAAAAAAAAAAACAGAGGGGGAGGGAGACAGUGAGAGGGAGACAGAGACGUGCCACAGGGGCUCGAUCAGUCAGGAGCCGAGCCGCUGCCGGGGAUCACCUCCAGCAUGAACCACAGGACGCUGGCGCUCCACCGGAACCCGGGACCGGUCCGCUCCACCAGCUGCCCCAGGGCCCGGAGCCGGGACAACCUGCUGGCCUGCAACGAGCUGGGGGAGAAGAACUGUGGCCCCGGACGAUGCCUCGGCUGCGGCAGCUCUGAGCGGCACCUGGCGGCCCGUCUCAGCGCCCUCAAGCGGCGCCAGGCCCUGCGCGGGCCCGCCUCCAUGUUCUGCGCCUCCUCCGUCAGCCUGUCGGAGGUGGAGCAGCGCUUCCUGGAGGCGGCCGAGUACGGCAACAUCCCGGAGGUCCGCCGCAUGCUGCUCCACGUGCCCAACCUCAACGUCAACGCCGUGGACUACAUGGGCCAGAAUGCACUGCAGCUGGCCGUGGCCAACGAGCACCUGGAGGUGACGGAGCUGCUGCUGGGGAGGGAGGACCUGUCCAGAGUGGGGGACGCCCUGCUGUUGGCCAUCAGUAAAGGCUACGUCCGGAUCACGGAGGCCUUGUUGGGUCACCCCUCCUUCAGGGACUUCCGCCGCUUGAUAGCGAGCCCAGCUCAGGCAGACAUGCUGGACGACUUCUAUGCCUACGACGAGGACGGGACGAGGUUUUCCCACGACGUGACCCCCGUGAUCCUCGCCGCUCACUGCCAGGAGUACGAGAUCGUCCACGCGCUGCUGAGCAAGGGCGCCCGCAUCAACCACCCCCACGACUACUUCUGCGGCUGCGACUCCUGCAACUACCAGCAGCAGUUCGACUCCUUCAGCCACUCCAGGUCCAGGAUCAACGCGUACCGAGGCCUCGCCAGCCCGGCCUACCUCUCCCUGUCCAGCGAGGACCCGGUCCUGGCCGCCCUGGAGCUGAGCAAUGAACUGGCCUCGCUGGCCGAUAUCGAGAAGGAAUUUAAGAACGACUACUGCAGACUGUCCAACCAGUGCAAGGACUAUGUGGUGGGCCUUCUGGACCUGUGCCGCAGCACGGAGGAGGUGGAGGCCAUACUGAACGGAGAGACCGACUCCGAGGACAGCUACGAGCCACCGGGUCGGCCCUCGCUCGCGCGGCUCAAACUAGCCAUCAAGUACGAGCUCAAAAAGUUUGUGGCUCACCCCAACUGUCAGCAGCAGCUGCUGAGCAUCUGGUACGAGAACCUGCCGGGUCUGAGGCAGCAGACCACCGGCAUCAAGCUGCUGGUGGUGCUGGCGGUGGCCGUGGGGCUGCCGUGGCUGGCUCUGGCCUACUGGCUGGCCCCCUGCAGCAGGGUGGGCAGAGUGAUGCGCAGCCCCUUCAUGAAGUUCGUGGCCCACGCAGCAUCCUUCACCGUCUUCCUGGGCCUCCUCAUCCUGAACGCGGCCGACCGCUUCGCCGGCACCACCCUGCUGCCCAACGCCACCCACCGCCACCACCCCAACGGCUCCAGGGUCGCGUCCGACCCGCUGCUGCUGUACCGCAUGACCACCGCGCCGUUCACGUGGAUGGAGACCCUCAUCAUCUCGUGGGUCGUGGGUAUGAUCUGGGCCGAGGUGAAGGAGAUCUGGAGCCAGGGACCGGGCGAGUACCUGGUGGAGGCGUGGAACCUUUUGGACUUCGGGAUGCUGGCCAUCUUCCUCGCCUCCUUCAGCUGCCGCUUCUCAGCGCUGCGGCAGGCGAGACUGGCCCAGGCCUACGUCCACAUGCACUACACCACGCUGAUUAACGCCACGCUGCCCAAGGACAUACACUACUUCACACAAGCGCGCAUCUACUGGCUGCCGUCGGACCCCCAGCUGGUGUCGGAGGGCCUGUACGCCGUCGCCGUGGUGCUCAGCUUCUCUCGCAUCGCCUACAUCCUCCCGGCCAACGAGAGCUUCGGCCCCCUGCAGAUCUCCUUAGGCCGGACGGUCAAAGACAUCUUCAAGUUCAUGGUCAUCUUCAUCCUGGUCUUUGUGGCCUUCAUGAUCGGCAUGUUCAACCUGUACUCUUAUUACCUGGGGGCCAAGCAGAACGAUGCCUUCACCACGCUGGAGGAGAGCUUCAAGACAUUGUUCUGGGCUAUAUUUGGACUCUCUGAAGUCCGAUCUGUUGUGAUCAACAACGGGCACAAAUUCAUCGAGAACAUCGGUUACGUGCUGUAUGGGAUUUACAACGUCACCAUGGUGAUAGUGCUGCUCAACAUGCUCAUCGCCAUGAUAAACAGUUCCUUCCAGGAGAUUGAGGAUGAUGCAGAUGUUGAGUGGAAGUUCGCCCGGGCCAAACUCUGGUUCUCCUACUUUGAGGAAGGAAGGACGCUCCCUGUGCCCUUUAACCUGGUCCCCAGUCCAAAGUCUCUCCUUGGACUGGUCAGCGGCGUCAGGUCCCUGAUCCUGGAGCAUGUGACUGGACACAGCGUGGAGAAAACUGAGAUGCAGCUCAACGAGCUCGGAGACAAAAAUUCUGAAUAUGGUGCUACUGCCAGACCAAGCAGAUAUGAGAAGACCAUGAAGCGACUGAUUAAACGUUACAUCAUCAAAGCCCAAGCAAACAGAGAGAGUGACGAGAUCACCGAAGGCGAGCUGAAGGAGAUCAAGCAGGACAUCUCCAGUCUGCGAUACGAGCUGCUGGAGGAGAAGGCGCAGAACAUGGAGACGCUGGAUGGACUCCUGAAGAGGCUGGGGGAGAUCAGCGCGUCGUCAUAGCAACGCGCCGGGAGCCCUGACCGCAACGGAAACUGCACAUCCUCCAUGUGCCGAGUGACAGGUUGAAAUGUAGCAUAAUAAAUACCAGACCCUGGUAUGAUCAGUUAAGAGUGUGUGUGUGUGAGCAUAAAUUAAAAACAGACUGCAUCAUAAUGAGCCAUUGCUGUGUUUGCAGGUUUGACACUUUGUUCUCUUACUUACAUAACAUUUUGUACAAACAAUCAUCACAUAAGACGCUUAUGGUAAAACAUUUAGUAAUAAUUAGGGUCAUGUGGAUUUUACUUAUCAUUUAUUUUGACAUGGAUGAAGGUGUUAAGGCACAAUUCAGUCCUGCUGUUCCAGGUACAGAGGUAUGAGCACUUCAUCUCUGGACAUACAAAUAUAAUGUUGAGACAAUGACAUAAAUGGCCACAAAUGAUUAAAAAAAUACUGUUUACA